AUGCAUUUGAUGUACACGGAAGACCCGAACACGGGGAAAAGAAUUUACACACUGAAAAAAGUCCUUGAUGGCGUGGUCACCAAAUCAGCGCACCCGGCACGAUUUUCGCCGGAUGAUAAAUAUUCGAGGCAUCGAGUCACAUUGAAGAAACGAUAUGGACUCCUCCUGACGCAGCAAAAAAGCGAUGGCAAGUGA